AUGGCGUUGCACAGGAUCCUCCUGUUAUUGUGGGGUCUUCCCAUUGGCUACGUCAUCUCUCUGCCUCAAUUGAAGGUCGGGGUCACUUUGAUUCAUCGAUCAUCCAUGGGUAUUGAGCAUAUGGCCCCAUGGUGGCACUCCCACGACAGCAGCUAUUUAUACAUGGUCUUUGACUAUGUACCAGGUGGUGAGCUCUUCUCCUACCUCAGGAACGCUGGCCGGUUUCCAACCUCUACAGCCAUGUUUUACACCUCCGAGAUAGUAGUCGCUCUGGAGUACUUGCACUCCCAGUCAAUAGUCUACAGGGACCUGAAACCAGAGAACCUCCUUCUCGACAAAGAGGGGCACCUCAAAAUUACAGACUUCGGCUUCGCCAAGAAACUCACCGAUAGAUCAGGCCACCGACCGGUUGUUGAUGAUGUUCUUCUUAAAUCUGUGAACCGGUACCCGCAUGCAACUACUCGUGAUAUAUCGGUCGUAAUAUGGGCUUCUAAUGCCACAGCGGCUCGUCAUCUUAAAAACAUGGUCAUUCGGUAUUUAAGGCCAAUGCCCUACCAAAAUGACUUCACACAGGCUUAA